AUGGCGCUCGUCGACGGAGCCGUGCCUGGCAUGCGGGUGCUGGUGCAGUAUUCGUCGGAUCCAGGCUGGACGCAUGAGCGUGUUCUGUGCUGGCCCACGGCUUCUGACCUCUCGGAGUGGAUGGUGUAUACUGCUGGCAACCAUUUGUAUCCUGAAGGGCGGGCCGACUAUACCUCAGUGGUGAAGUGGACUGGCAAGCGGGUCUACCCGCCGGGCACGACCAAUGUUGUUGCCUUCAGCCGGCCCCUGACUGACGAGGAGCUUCUCAGCGUCGUCAAGCGGGGCCGUGGUGAGGCGAUCGCUGACCACGGCAACGCGGCCGCCACAUGGGCCGGGACAGGCGUGACCUGGACCGGUCGCCGCCUCGCAGUGCCGGACGUGAUGGCGGUCGACGCGCCGAGGGUCGAGCGGCGGCUGCGCGGCAAGCAGGUCCGCCCCGCCGAGGCCGAGGCGGCUGCGCCGCUCGCCGACGCCGACGGGGGCGCUGGCGCCACCGGGCCGCGGCCGCCGCCGCCCGAGGAGCUGCCGCCAGGCACCUGGGUGCUAAGCUCGCUCGACGGCGGCGCCGACUUCGGGCUUGAGGUGAGACUGUCGCCGAACGCCGUCGUCCGGGGCAGGUGCGGCGUCGACCAGGACCCGCGGGGCGAGUGGUUCCCGAUCGAGUUCGUGACGGACGACGCGAUGGAGCGGUGGCGCGAGGAUAAGCUGGUGGCGGCCGACAAGCUCCGACCCGCCCGCGAGGCCUUAGAGGAGAGGCUCUUCCCGGGCCGCGAGGCCGGCGCUGGCGGGACCGCCACCCCCCCGCCAGAGCCAGAGGGCGGGGGGCUUGGCCCCGAGUGCGUCGCUACUCACGAGAGGGAGGACUUGCGCACGUGCUGGAUCGAUACCGACGAGACCGGUGCCAGGUUCAAGGAGUGGAGGAAGGUCGUGCAGGAGAGCACACAGGAGAUCUUCUCGGACUCGAGCAUCCGUGGGCCUCCCGCCUGCCUCGAGAUUUGUCGUAAGAUGUAUCGCCAUGGUGGCGCGCCCAAGAUGUGGUUUCAGGAGUGGUGCAAGGAGCAGGGCGUGACCAGGAAGGAUCGCGCCUACCACGAGGUGCAGACCUUCAUCGAAGUGCUGUACCUGGCGGGGACCUAUGACCAGCUCAACAUGGGCGCCCUGGCGUCGUUGGAGGUGGUCUCGCGGCGGCUGCUGCAGUAUGUGGAGGCUUACGCGCACGGGGCCGAGAACGCGAACUGGGGCGCGGCGAAGCACCUGGGCGGCACGACCAACCCGCUCGACUUGGUGCCCGACGCGCUCCGGAGCUAUGCCAGCCGACUGUCCAAGGAGGAGCAGGAGCUGGAGGCGCUGCGGAUGCGGUCCCGCGUCCCCGGCGCUGCUCCAGCCGACGGCGCGGGCGCGGCAGCCGCGGCCGUCGCCUCUGGCGGCCUGCCCGCCGCUGGAGCUGCCGGCGGCGCCGCGGCCGAGGGAGGCGAGUGCCCGACCGUCUCCCGCAGAACUAAGGGCAGUUCGGGGCUCCGUGGGUCGGCCUGCCUGCCCAUAGCCCCGUUGGCGGCGCUCCCUGACGACUGGUGCGACGGCCUGACGCCUGGUCAGCGGCGCCGCUGGCUGCGAGACGGCAACGCAGCCUGCAAGAGCUUGAAUUACUUGCACGGUGGUGAGCAUCGCAGUGGCACGGCGCCCGAGGGGAGCGUUAGCCAGCGUAAGAUGGAUCUCAUCAGGGCCGAUGUGCAGCAGCGCGUCUUCUCGGCGGCUCGUCGCUGGAUUGACGUUGACAGCGCCAUCACAGAGCAGGAGGCGUUGGCCAAGCUUCUGAAGGGCAAGGCGGGCUACGCUCCUCUUGGCUCUACCAGCAUGGGCUCCUACGAGUACUCGCGGGUCAGCUUGCCGGACUGCGUCCUGGACGCCCCCAGUCUGGCCCAGAUGCUACCUGCGGAGGCGAGGAUUUUCCUCGAGGAGUACUCCACCAAGAUGCUGCUUCCCCCUCGUGAGGCGGCACUAAUACGAGAGCUUCAUGGACUUCCUGGUUGUCAUACUGACCCUCUGCUGCUCCAACGUCCUCGGAGCUACGCGAAGUUCGUGAGACGG